AUGAGUUCAACCCCUGAUAUGGCAUUUGCACCAAAUGUUCAAGAAAUUGUGAGGAGUGACCCUUCGCAGAUCCCUGAAAAUUUCCUCAUAAGUAGGAAUGAAGAAGAAGGCAAGUCAAAUAAUACUGCAGAUGCAUGUCAUCUUUCUUCUGAGAUUCCUAUUGUUGAUCUUUCUCUGCUCUCAAGAGGACACAAGGAGGAGCUUAACAAACUAGACCAAGCUUGCAAAGAAUGGGGAUUCUUUCAGGUGGUAAAUCAUGGAGUGGCAACCGACGUGUUGCAGGAAAUGAAGGAUUCUACGGCCAAGUUCUUUGAACUUCCGUUAGAAGAAAAGAACAAAAUUCGUAUGCCGUCGGAUGAGUUUCAAGGCUACGGCCAAGCCUAUGCAGCUUCCCAAGGGCAGACACUGGACUGGUCUGACGCACUGUUUCUCGGUGUUUAUCCAUCCCACUUUAGAAAGCUCAAGUUUUGGCCAACCUCACCAGAGGGAUUCAAGGAUGCUAUUGAGGCAUAUUCAAGUGGAGUAAAAAGAGUUGGAGAUGAGCUCCUAAGGUCUCUAUCUUUAACUUUGGGGAUGGAGAAGGAUACUCUUCUUAAACUACAUCAAGAAGUGGUCCAAGUUUUGCGCGUGAACUACUAUCCUACAUGCCAUAUGCCUGAUAAAUCAUAA